AUGUCACAUCCGCAGAGCAUCGCGGCUCAAGCUGGGAUUUCCAACGACAUACCAUCCAUGAUCGUCUUCACGCUGGGGCUCAUCUUUCAGCCGCUGGCUGCUGCCCAUGGGGACAUAACAAGCACUUCAUAUGCAACUACGACGAGCGCGUCGAUCCCUUCUCUACCAUCGUUGGCCUCUUCUUCGAGUCGCACUGGCCAAGAGGGUGGAGCGUUCGGCCACAGUGAAGGACAAGUUUUGGACAGCGAGGGCACUAUUCAGAUUGCAGCUACGAUUCACGAGGACGAUCUUCCUGCGCUUCUUGAAUCCUUUGUUCCUGCGCCCGAAGAGACUGCCCUACCGAUUGCUGGGCGACGUGAAGCUCUGGUGGACAGGAUCGAAGUUUGGGCCCGUGUUCGGAUUCCUUCGUCGCUGGUCAAUUUAUGCGGAACGGACCACGAACAAUGGAUUCAAUGGUGUCCUGACUACGUGGAGGACGUGCUCAGGUAUGAUGACCUACAAAUCCUGGGCGGUGGUUGGGCGAACCAGAGACAACUCGCGCUGGACUGGUGUCUCGGCGGAUGGUACAGCAGCGCCUUUGCACGAGAGCAACUUCGUCGUCUCCUUCGUGACCCCUGGCCUGCGCAUGAUGAGAAGCGACUUCGUCGCCUCCGUCUUUUGGCCAUUGCACACCUGAUGAAGCUUGGGUGGCGGGCCGACCCGUCCCGCAUGUCCGCAGCCAGCCGCGACGACUUCCUGAUGCAGAAUACAGCGGCCUCCCCGACUACACCGCCUGAGGCCUUGCCGCACCUCCUCCUUUUCCCGCAUUUGCUCACGGACCAGGCGAGCGGGGAGCUUACUCUGUACGGUGUACCCCCUGAUGAAGAUUAUGAUAGUGUCGACCACGAAGGUGUUCCGAAUCCCUCUCCCUUGGACCUCGAGGUUAUGAUUUCGGGCACGGUCGGCGGCGACAAUCUGACGGACCACGAUUCUGACGUCGUGAUGCAAGAUGAAGAGCAUGGACCACAUCAUGGGCCAGUUCUCAGCGAUGAGGAAUUUGACCGCCAACUCCAGCGUAUCCUACGACGCUCUCGUGAUGGUCCUGAUGAGGCCGCUGCUCGCGACCCCACAGCUUGCUCAUCACGGAGCGCCCCGCGCCCCGCGUCGCCCACGGCGCUGUUGGCACGGAGCACGAGCAGCUCGUCGAGUGGGUCGUCGGGCACUGGUGACGACUUCGAUGCGACGAUGGCAGCUCACGGCUUUGGGGAGCUCUUCUUUUGGCCCACGGUUCACCUCCUGACAUGGCACAUCCACCUGUGGCCCAUCCUCCGUCUGAAAGCGACGCUGCGGAUCGUGAACGCCAAGUUCCACGAGUGCAGGAUGACCCACCUGGGGAUCGCCUUCCACCUUGGCAUCAUGAAGAUGCUAUUGCGGUACCUGGCGAAGAAGAUGAAGCGGUGGUUGCUCCACUUUCUCCUCGGGAGCCUGUCCAUGGCACUCCACACGAUGCUGCUCAUCGUCGACGAGUUCACCAUGGCGCCCUCCGACGGUGCGCCCUACGACUCGGUCGACUUCCUGGCCCCCGCCUACGACGCCCUGGACUACUUCGACACGAGCCUGAGAGGCGCGGGCGGCCCGGGGAGGCAGGCGCCGCCCACGGUCUCCGUGCUCGCGCCCGGGGCCGCCGCCCCCGCCCAGCUGCUCGGCGGGGCGGCCGCCUCGAGGGACCGGUCGCUGGAGGAGACCAUCCGGGCGGACGACUUCCCGCAGCGGCACGGCGCCGGGCCCCAGCCCGCCUCGCUGGGCCGCUCGGCUGGGGGCGCCGCGUGGCGCCCCGCGGCCGCCAGCGCGGCGUCGCCCAGCGGCAGGAGCGUCGCUGGCACGUUCCGGGUCGCCAGGAUGUUCUCCACCGACGCGGAGGAGAGUUGGCAGCCGCCCGCGGACCCGGAGCAGCCGCCGCGGCCCUCCUUGGAGCUCGCCCGGCGGCGUGCGUCCGACCGGCAGCGGCUGCGCGCAGGUGGCCCGCCGAGGGGUCCCGACUCGUUGCCCGCCCUGGGCCACGGCCCGGGCCCGUCCCAGGACGAGUCGCAGGUCCGAGAGCUGGUGCUGCGGCUGCACAGCAGAAUGGACGACGUGGAGUCCCUGCUGCAAGAGUCCCUGCACGACAGGCUGGACCGAGCGCUGGAGAGCGCGCUGAACGGCCCUAUCGAGCGCAUGACGAAGACACUGGCCGACUCCUUCGGCGCCAUCGUUGACGCGAUCCAGGCCGACAAGAGCGACGCGGGCAGCCCAGGGGCAGAGUGGCCGACGGACGACCAGAUGGGCGCGGCCGUGGAGCGGGGCAUCGUCGAGGCGGCCAACGACCUCGAGGUGCCGCUGCCCCCGCUCCGGCGCGUGGCCUCCUGCGGCGACGGCGACCUGGCCGCGUACGGCAGUUCCUGGCAGGACAGCCCGAGCCGCGCAAGCGCGCGCGGCGGCGCCUGGCAGGUCGUCGAGAGCAUCAGCUCGGCCUUCAACCUGAAGAGCAGGCUGGGCGGGCUCCGGGACCACGGCGCCGAGCAGGGCGCCUCUGCGCGGCCGUCCCUCCGCAAGGACGACCGCGACGGCCACCUCGAGCCGCCAAGCGAGGCGGGCAGGGCGGGCACCGCCGAGCACCUCGCGCCGCCUCCGAGGGACCAUCCGCGGAGCCCGCCAGAGGACCCCGAGGGCACGGGGUUGUCCGUGGCUGCCGGCACGGACGACGCCCUGCAGCAGACCUCCGUGGCGUUUCAGCCACACCUGCCGGAGUCGCCCUCGGACGGCAGUGCUCUGGCCAGGGCAGCCUCUGAGACAAGCGGGCACACGGGCAACGGUGAGGCUUCGGAGCGGAUGCGCAGGCACUACACGCACUACACGGAGAUCACCAAGGUGUGGCAGCAGACCUCUACUGCUAAGGCUCGGGCGCACCGGAAGGAUCACGGAGCGCAGAAGGAUCUGCAACAGCGUUUGAGCACCAGCGCCACGCAGAUGCUCCUGGGCCUGUGCUCAUUCCUGCUGGUGGCAAACGUGGUCUGGGUCGGCGUGCGUGCGCAGACGCUGUCGAGCUUCGAGCUUGACAGGCAUGCGCUUACAGUGAAUUGGAGUUGGCAAGGGCGCCCACAAAGCGAGGCAUCCUUACCGUACAAGCCAGAUCUCGAACAUCCAGCGUGGCUGGUUGGAGUCGACACCACGCUGACGAUCGCGUUCAUCGGCGAGAUCGCCCUGCGCAUCUACAUAUACCGCGGGCACUUCCUCUGCGCCGCGAAGGGCUGGGGCUGGAACCUCCUGGAUGCCUUCCUGUUGUCCGCGGCGAUGGUCGAGGUGCUGCUCACCGCGGCAGGGGCGGAGAACUUCCCCACCAUGACGUUCCUCCGGAUCCUGCGAUUGCCGCGCAUCUUCCUGGACCUGGGCCGCCUGGAAUGGUUCCACAAGCUGCAGCUCGUGACGCGCUGUAUGAUCAAGUCGAUCAGUUACUUUGGCGUGGCGCUCUUCGUGAUUCUGGGCACCAUCUACCUUUUUUCGGUCUGCAUGGUUCAGGGCAUCAUCGACUAUCUGGCUGGCACCGAUGUGGGCAGCAUCGACACUGACAUAUUGGAAAGCAUGGCUGUCAAUUAUGGUUCCGUAACGCUCACGAGCAUAUCGCUGUACCAGGGCAUAUCUGGUGGCGUGGAUUGGGCGCAAUUAAUGGAGCCGCUGCUGCUUUUGCCUGGAAGGUACACUGUUCUCUUGAUGGCCUAUGUCUUCAUGAUGAUGUUUGGGGUGCUCAACAUCAUUGCGAGUCUUUUCGUGGAGUGUGUGUAUCACGUUGCGAAGGACGACUACCAGGAGCGAGUGCGGUCGGAGAUCUUGGAGCAAAAACGCUGGUCCGAUCACCUUCGGAACUUGUUCUACGAGGCAGACCAGGACGAGUCGGACUCGCUGAGCUGGGAGGAGUUCUCCCAGAUUCUGAGGGUCCCGAUGAUGAAAGCGUUUUUCAAGUCUUUGGAGCUUAACCUCAAGGACUCCAAACAGAUAUUCGAUUACCUGGACGUGAAGGGCAACGGCGAGCUCACCCUGGAGGACUUCAUCCAGGGCUGCACGGUGCUGCGUGGCGAGGCCAAGAGCGUCGACAUCGCGGUGCUGCGCUCGGAGUGGCAGCGCAGCACGAAGCAGCUGCAGGGCCAAAUGAAAACGAACCUGCGACAGCUGCAGAGGGGCCUGGGCACAGUCGUGGGCCCUCCCCAGAGGAUGACCACGGCCGCCGCGCCCAGCCCCAGCGCUCUCUCUGGACGGCGGGCCUCGCGGGCGCUGCUCGGCGCCGCGCUGGAGCCGCACGUGUCGCACCGGCCGCGCCGCGGCUCGCUCUCGAUACUCCUGGCUUCCCCACGGGAGAGCGUGAUGUGA